AUGUCUGACCUCACCACCGUCUUCUCCGCUGAGGCCUGCCCUCCUGUCGGCCCCUACUCCCAAGCCGUCAAGGCUAACGGCCAGAUCUUCCUCUCCGGCCAGAUCCCCGCAGACAAGAACGGCAACCUCGUUGAAGGCGAUAUCAAGACCAAGACCCAGGCUUGCUGCGAUAACAUCAAGGCUAUCCUCGAUGCGGCUGGCUCUUCGGUUAGCAAGAUAAUCCGUGUCAAUGUCUUCCUCGAUGACAUGGCCAACUUCGCCGAGAUGAACGAGCAGUAUGAGAAGUUCUUCGUUCACAAGCCUGCUAGGUCCUGCGUUGCUGUCAAACAGCUUCCCAAGGGUGUUCCCGUUGAGAUUGAGUGCACUGCCCUGGCGUAA